AUGGAUUACGGGUACGGAAACAACUAUUCCACCUCCUACGGUGCAAAUGGUGCUGCCGAUGGUGGCGGCUUUGUGGCAGGAGAACCACAAAGUAGCCCUGCCGGUGGAAGGAGCGGAUACGGAAAAGAUACCGUUCGACCCUUGACCAUCAAACAAGUCCUAGAAGCCCAGCAACCACAUCCUGAUGCAGAUUUCAAGGUGGAUGGCGAACAAAUCAGUCAGAUUACCUUCGUUGGACAAAUCAGAAACAUCAGCACACAAGCGACCAAUGUCACUUACAAAGUGGACGAUGGGACGGGCCUGAUUGAGGUCAAGCUGUGGACGGACACGGAAUCAAAUCAAGAACAGAUGGAUGUCGAAUCCGACUCGAACAAACCCAAAUUACGAGAAGACGGCUAUUGUCGAGUUUGGGGCCGUUUGAAGGCAUUUAACAAUAAGCGGCAUGUUGGUGCUCAUGUCAUUCGGCCUAUAUCUGAUUACAAUGAGAUCAACUAUCACCUUCUCGAGGCCACAGCUGUGCACCUCUUUUUCACCAGAGGCUUGCCAUCGGAUGCACAAUCAAACGGUCAGAAACCUGGGGGGGCCAAUGGCGUUCAAGGCAUGGCAUCCGACCUUGGUUCUGUGGCUGACGGUGCUCUUUCGUCAUGUUCUGGCCUUGCUCGAAGAGUAUUCGCCGCCCUUAAGAAUACCCCACAGAGCAACGAAGGUUUGCAUGUUCAAAUGAUUGCAUCGAGCAUGGGAAUGCCUGUCUCAGAUGUAUAUAAGGGUGCAGAGGAGUUGCUGGGUGUAUGUCUGAUUUUCACGACCGUUGAUGAUGAUACGUGGGCGAUUAUGGAGACUUGA